AUCAUGUCCAAGUCGGAGCACAUUCUCGAUGAUGACCUGCUCAGCGACCUGGCCGCCCUGGACGACCAUGUAAAAUCACAGCCGGGAGGCGAUCGCACGCGCCACGGCAUGUCGGCGGGCCUCGGUGCGGAGGAUGAUCCCGAGGCCGACGCAUUCAUGGACGACCUGGAUGACCUGUUUGGUGAUGAUGGCGAUGACAGCGACGGCGAGGGGGCCGAUGAUCCGGCCAGCGAGGCGGCGCGCCUGGCCCGGCAGCGCGACGCCCAGGCCUCCCAGCUGGCUGCCCGGGAUUUGGCCGAGCUGGAUACCCAGCACCUGGAGAUCUCGGACAUUGCUAAGCUGACUGGCUCGGCCCGCUUUUCGGAACUGACCUCGCUGAUCGAUACCGCCCUGUCCGGGCCGCCGCCGGUCAUUGUCGGCAACCUCUCCGAUCACCAGGAGUACAACCUCAUUUUGCGGUCGAAUCGCCUGGCCUUGGAGAUCGACGACGAGAUGGACCUCAUCCAUAAGUACCUGCUUGAUUACUACAAGCCCAAGUUCCCGGAGCUGGCUUCAUUGGUCGCCUCCCCGGUGGAGUAUGCCCGGACGAUUCUCCUGAUCGGCGACGAAACCGACAUGUCCAAGGUGGAUCUCGGGUCGUUGCUUCCUCCGGCCACGGUGAUUGUCGUGGCCACGGCUCGGAUCAAUGCCGAGCCCGGACCCGGGAGCGUGCAGAUGCGCCGCGUGCGCGAGGCCGCCACCAUGAUGGUAUCCCUGUCGGAGGCUUCUCUGCUGAUUGUCCGCUUCAUCCAAAGCCGCAUGGCUUACAUCGCGCCGAAUUUGCACCGGCUGCUGGGCGCCACGGUCGCCGCACAGUUGAUGACUGCUGCCGGUGGCAUCGAGGCCCUGGCACGUAUGCCCUCCUCGAACAUCCAAAUUCUUGGCCAUUCGCGGCGCACUCCGCAGGGCUUGGCCUCCACCGGGACCCAGCACAUGGGCUUCAUCUUCCAGGCCCCGGCCGUGCGAGAGGCUCCGGCACUCGUUCGCCGGCGGGUGGCCCGGCAGAUCGCCGGCAAGACGGCCCUCGUGGCCCGGGUGGACGCCUUCCGCCAGUCGUCGGAUGGCAGUGUGGCCAUCCGGUACCUGGAUGAUCUGGCCUCUCGUAUUGAGCGCUGGAUGGAGCCGGGUCAGGCCAAGCGCGAGGACAUCCUCCCCGUCCCGGAGGAGAAUAAGCGCAAGCGGCGCGGUGGCCGACGGGCUCGGAAGCAGAAGGAGGUGUAUCAGAUGACGCAGUUGCGUAAGGCCCAGAACCGGUCAGCCUUCGGCCAGGCCGAGGAGGAAAUCAUUGGCGGUGAUGGCGAUCUGAUCGGCCUCGGCAUGAUUAACCAGGGGAUCGGUGCCAGCGGACAGCGGAUCCGAGUGGACAAGAAGACCCAAGUCAAGUCGCGCAAGGCACGCGAUGAGCUCUUGCGCAUGCAGACCCAGCGCAUCAUGCCCUCGGCACUUCUGUCGCAAUCGGGUGUGGCCUCGACGUAUAGCUUCACCGCGCAGCGGGAUGGCGGUUUCACGACGUCCGCCACGCCUGCACACCAGGCAAAUGGGAUUUUCACCGGGACGCAAGGCGCCACCGGCCGGGGGACUACCACCGGUGGAGCCACCGCCACCGCUCCGGCCCCCGGUGUGCCACUCACCCCGGCCGAGCGUGUGCGCCAGGCUAACGAGAAGUGGUUCGGCAAUAAGGGUUUCGGCGCUGGAUCAAACUGAUGUGAUUGCUCCCUUUUGUGCUUCUCUUUCCCUCUUUUCCCUCUCCCUUCCCAUCGCCCAAGGUGGUGCAUAUCAGCCAAGCGGAUGGGGAGGGGGGGGGGCGGGAAAAACACAGACACCAUUUUGUCUCAA